GGAAAGAAUCAUCAAUCGCAACUCGCAAUCUUCGAGCUCGAGUUUUGCACUCGCUCCGCAUUUCACAUCGCACAUCGUGGAUACUCUCUCUCGCUGUAAACUGUAGAUUACAGAUGCCAAGAAAUUGUUGGAAGUAGUAUAAAAUAUAAAAUCCAGCGUAAAAGAAGUGCCAGGUGCCAGUAGAGUUGUAACCGGAGAGAGACCUUGAGAGAGGGACUUACUGUGUAGCAGUAGCAGGUAUAGCAGACGCAAACUCUACGUCCUGGACGUCCUGGGUCAACACUUCAGCGAUCUGACCUCGAUAAGCAUUUUGGAACUAAAUAUGGCUAUGGCUGCUGAAUGCAGUUCUGAUCCUCCCUUACACGAUUUGUGGUCAUCCAGAAGGACGGGUGAAAGAUUGAAGGAUGAACUGGCAUUGUAUACUGAAGGCUUCUUUUAUGACUGCACGUUUGAAGUGAGCUGUGAAACUGAAUAUAAGGUCUUCAAAUGUCACAAAGUGAUCCUUGCUCGAUCAAGUCCUGUUUUUGCUAAAAUGUUGUUUGGAAACUUCAGUGAGUCGUCCAAGGACAAAGAUGACCCAAUUCAAAUCAACUUAAUUGAACCUGAGAUUUUUGAUUUAGUCAUGAGAUAUGUUUACGGCGACGAAGCUGACUUCAAAGAAGUAGAGAAAGCCUGCAAGGUUUACAAGUUUUCUCAUCAGUGGCUGAUGAAUGACUUGAUGGAAGUUGCUGCAAAAUUCUUUGAAGAGCCCAGCCCAGAAGAUGUCAUCACCGUGCACGAAAUGUUCAAAUCAUUAAACGAUUACUCGCACUAUAAAUCUCUUCUAUCAAUCAUUGCCUCCAACGCUAGCGCAGUUCUGAAGUCAGAAGCUUGGUUGAAAUCAUCUGUGUCUACAGUUUUGGAAGUCUUCCAAAUGGAGCAUCUGAGAGUGGAGUCUGAGAAAGAGCUCUUUGAAGCUUUGUAUGCUUGGGGAGCUCAGGGAGCUGCUAUUGGCAACGAGGAGAAAGAGAUGAUUGAUGUGGAAGAAAUCAGAGCUAAGACCAAGGAUGCUCUGAAAUUAAUUCGCUUCAUGACCAUGGAUGCGGUUGAAUUUGGAGAACUGUGCAAAUCCGAGUGUGCCAAAAUGAUGACUGAUGAAGAUAAGUUGAAAGUAAUAGUCAGCAUUGAUCUGGUUGACCAAAGCCUCCUGCCUGAACAUUUUUCUCGUGAUCGGCGCUAUCGCAAAUUAAAUCACAAAGAUAGUAUGUAUUACACUUUCUUACCUAAAAUUUCAAGCAAUGAAGUUAUUUUGGACAGUGAAAGUGGUAAUUCAGUGUUUAAAUUUGCAAGCCGAUGCAGUCGACAUUAUUUAAAGGGCAUUCAAUUGGAGUGUUUAGGUCAAGAUUCCGAGGUUAAUUUAAUUUGUAACAUUACUUGUGCCCAUUCUCCAAAAGUCCUUGCCUCAAUCUCAUUCAAAGGUAUGUCAGAAUCCAAAGACUCCAAGUGGCUCAAAUUACCACAUGAGGUGCACCUCAAGGAAAAUGUCUUUUACACAAUUUCUGUUCAAUACUUGCAAAAUAAUCCAGUUAAGUCAAUCUCCUUUACAAAGUGUCCAAGUGCCGGUGAUUUGGUUUGGGGUAGUGAAGUCCGAGAUCUUAAACUAUUUUUAAUAACGGAGAAGAUUUCUGUUACAGACAUCACUGGAUUUGAACUUAUCAGGUGCCCAAAAUAAAUGAGAUAUGAAAAUUUUCAAUAUACGUGUAAGAGUUCUUUAUGUAUAGAAGUCUUUUUAAGGAAACAAUUUUAUUCCUCAAAUAAUUAGAAAAAAAUAUAUAGUUGUCUCACAGAAAAUUGGAAAAGCCAUGAAAUUUUUCUUACUGUUUACAAGAGGCAAACAAAUGUUGAAAGUAAAUAGAUAUAAGUAACUUGAUUAAAUUUUUUAUUAGCAUUGCUACAUCUGAAUUCUGUCAAUAUACUGUAUAAUACACUGUACCUGAUACAUAUACCACACAGACCUGAUGCAAAAUUGCAAGCAUUCCGGUGAAAAUGUUAACAAAAUAUAUUUUUUGAUCAGUCUCACGUUGAUCAUUAAAUCAUUUUUCAAAAGCCAUUCUGUGCUGAAUCUAUGUAUUAUUUAAUAAAAAUGAUAUUU